CCAGGCGCCUCCCACCCUGGUUGCUCCUUGCACUGUGCAGUGGGGGGGUCCGGGCGGGGCGCAGGGGUACGCCGCGGUCCAGGUGGGCGGGGCGCACCUGGGCUCCUCCCCGGGGGCGGGCCCGACGCAGCGUCGCCCGCGCAGGCGGCCGCACCUGGCUCAGCAGCGGCGGCGGCGGCGGCGGCGGCAGUGGCAGCGGCAGCGGCAGCAGCGGCCCGGCCAGAGCGCGAGCGCGGCGCAGCCCAGCCCAGCCCGAGCGCGGACCCGGCGCCCGCAGCCCCGGCGCCGCCAUGGUGGAGGCGGCGCCCCCCGGGCCCGGGCCGCUGCGGAGGACCUUCCUGGUACCGGAGAUCAAGUCGCUGGACCAGUACGAUUUCUCGCGGGCCAAGGCGGCGGCCAGCCUGGCGUGGGUGCUGCGGGCCGCGUUCGGGGGCGCAGAGCACGUACCCCCGGAGCUGUGGGAGCCCUUCUACACUGACCAAUAUGCGCAAGAGCACGUGAAGCCCCCAGUGACACGGCUGUUGCUCUCAGCCGAGCUCUACUGCAGGGCCUGGCGCCAGGCACUGCCACAGCUUGAAACACCCCCCAACCCCUCUGCACUGCUGGCCCUGCUGGCGCGGAGGGGCACUGUGCCUGCAUUGCCUGAGCGUCCGGUGCGCGAAGCCGACCUGAGGCACCAGCCCAUUCUCAUGCCCUUGCCCCCACAGGGAGCCCACCUAGCUGUCAUUGAUGCCCUCAUGGCUGCCUUUGCCUUCGAGUGGACAAAGACCCUGCCAGGUCCCUUGGCCCUCACGAGCUUGGAGCACAAGCUGCUUUUCUGGGUGGACACGACCGUCCGGCGGCUGCAGGAGAAGACAGAGCAGGAAGCGGCCCAGAGAGCCUCUCCAGCAGCUCCUGCAGACGGGGCGGCCCCAGCGCAGCCCUCGUGCCCUACGCGCUGGUACUGGAAGCUGGUUCCUCACGCAAUUGCCUUCUGUUUGAAGGAGUCGGGGAGCAAACCCCCCAUGAUCCGAUACCGCAAGGACCGGGUGGUGGCACGGCGUGCCCCCUGCUUCCCAACAGUGACCAGCCUCCAGGACCUGGCCAGUGGGGCUGCACUGGCCGCCACCAUCCAUUGCUAUUGUCCCCAGCUGCUUCGACUUGAGGAGGUAUGCCUGAAGGACCCCAUGUCUGUGGCGGACAGCCUGUACAACCUCCAGCUGGUGCAGGACUUCUGCGCUUCCCGCCUUCCUCGUGGCUGCCCCCUGUCCCUCGAGGACUUGCUCUACAUCCCCCCGCCGCUCAAGGUCAACUUGGUGGUGCUGCUGGCUGAGUUGUUCAUGUGUUUUGAGGUGCUCAAGCCUGACUUCGUGCAAGGGAAGGACUUGCCGGAUGGUCACGUCGCCUCCCCCAGGGGCACGGAGGCCCCCCCACCUCAGAACAACAGCGGCAGCAGUUCUCCUGUCUUCAACUUCCGCCACCCACUCCUGUCACCUGGCGGCCCCCAGUCCCCACUCCGAGGAUCCACAGGCUCCCUGAAGUCUUCCCCGUCCAUGUCCCAUAUGGAGGCCCUGGGCAAGGCCUGGAACCGGCAGCUCAGCCGUCCCCUCUCCCAGGCUGUGUCAUUCAGCACCCCCUUUGGCCUGGACAGCGACGUGGAUGUCGUCAUGGGAGACCCUGUGCUCCUCCGCUCUGUGAGCUCGGACAGCCUGGGGCCCCCACGUCCGGCGCCAGCCAGGACCCCUGCCCAGCCCCCCCCGGAGCCUGGCGACCUGCCCACCAUUGAGGAGGCUCUGCAGAUCAUCCACAGUGCCGAGCCCCGGCUGCUCCCAGAUGGGGCGGCCGAUGGCAGCUUCUACCUCCACUCCCCUGAGGGGACCUCCAAACCACUGUCCGACAAGCCCACCAAAGCACUGGUGUACAUGCCACACCCCGAGACCCCCUCAAAACCAUCUCCCUGUCUGGUGGGGGAGGCAUUGAAACCGCCGGCCCCAUCUGAGGGGUCCCCGAAGGCAGUGGCUUCGUCCCCAGCGGCCAUCAACUCCGAGGUGAAAAUGACCAGCUUUGCGGAACGCAAGAAACAGCUGGUGAAGGCAGAGGCUGAGGCUGGAGCAGGGUCCCCCACGUCCACUCCGCCCCCACCAGAGGCCCUGAGUUCAGAGAUGAGUGAACUUGGUGCCCGGCUGGAGGAGAAACGAAGAGCCAUUGAGGCUCAGAAGCGACGGAUUGAGGCCAUCUUUGCCAAGCACCGCCAGCGGCUGGGCAAAAGCGCCUUCCUGCAGGUGCAGCCAAGGGAAGCUUCUGGGGAGGCGGAAGUGGAGGCCGAGGCCGACCCAGGCCCAGUCCCUGGUGGGGAGCGGCCGGCGGGCGAGGGCCAGGGUGAGCCAACUUCACGGCCCAAGGCAGUGACCUUCUCGCCAGACUUGGGUCCGCUGCCCCCCGAGGGGUUGGGGGAAUACAAUCGAGCGGUCAGCAAACUGAGUGCUGCUUUAAGCUCGCUGCAGCGGGACAUGCAGAGACUCACGGACCAGCAGCAGCGGCUCCUGGCUCCACCGGAGGCCCCUGGACCUGCCCCACCCCCUGCUGCAUGGAUCAUCCCUGGCCCCACAACGACGGGGCCCAAAGCCUUGUCCCCCAGCCCCGCCCGGCGGGUCCCCACCACCCGGCGCAGCCCUGGGCCUGGGCCCAGCCAGUCACCCCGAAGCCCGAAACACACCCGGCCGGCGGAGCUGCGGCUGGCGCCCCUGACCAGGGUGCUCACACCACCCCACGACGUAGACAGCCUCCCCCACCUGCGCAAGUUCUCCCCGAGCCAGGUGCCUGUGCAGACGCGCUCCUCCAUCCUCCUGGCAGAGGGGACGCCCCCCGAGGAGCCAGCCACCCGGCCCGGCCUCAUCGAGAUCCCGUUGGGCAGCCUGGCAGAUCCCGCCGCUGAGGAAGAGGGAGACGGGAGUCCCCCUGGUGCUGAGGAUUCCUUGGAAGAGGAGGCGUCUUCAGAGGGGGAGCCCCGAGCGGGGCUGGGAUUCUUCUACAAGGAUGAAGACAAGCCUGAGGAUGAGAUGGCCCAAAAGCGGGCCAGCCUGCUGGAGCGGCAGCAGCGGCGAGCAGAGGAGGCACGGCGGCGCAAGCAGUGGCAGGAGGUGGAGAAGGAACAGCGGAGGGAGGAGGCUGCAAGGCUGGCCCAUGAGGAGGCCCCUGGCCCAGCCCUAGCCGUGUCCACAGUCCCUGCAGCCCCCAUGGCCACCCCGGCCCCUGCUGCCCGGGCUCCAGCCGAGGAGGAGGUGGGCCCCCGGCGGGGGGACUUCACGCGGCUGGAGUACGAGCGCCGGGCCCAGCUGAAGUUGAUGGACGACCUUGAUAAGGUGCUGCGGCCCCGGGCUGCUGGGUCCGGGGGCCCGGGUCGGGGCGGGCGGAGGGCGCCCCGGCCUCGCUCAGGUUGCUGUGACGACUCGGCCCUGGCGCGAAGCCCAGCACGCGGCCUGCUGGGCUCUCGGCUGAGCAAAAUCUAUUCCCAGUCCACCCUGUCACUGUCCACUGUGGCCAACGAGGCCCCCAAUAACCUCGGGGUGAAGAGGCCCACGUCUCGGGCUCCCUCCCCGUCAGGCCUCAUGUCCCCAAGCCGCCUGCCUGGCAGCCGUGAACGAGACUGGGAGAAUGGCAGCAAUGCCUCCUCCCCAGCGUCGGUGCCCGAGUACACAGGUCCACGGCUGUACAAGGAGCCUAGUGCCAAGUCCAACAAGUUUAUCAUCCACAACGCCCUGUCACACUGCUGCCUGGCGGGAAAGGUGAAUGAACCGCAGAAGAACCGCAUUCUGGAGGAAAUUGAGAAAAGCAAGGCCAACCACUUCCUGAUCCUCUUUCGCGACUCGAGCUGCCAGUUCCGGGCGCUCUACACACUGUCAGGGGAGACAGAGGAGCUGUCACGGCUGGCGGGCUACGGGCCCCGGACCGUCACACCUGCCAUGGUGGAAGGCAUCUACAAGUACAACUCGGACCGCAAGCGCUUCACCCAGAUCCCCGCCAAGACCAUGUCCAUGAGCGUCGAUGCCUUCACCAUCCAGGGACACCUCUGGCAGGGCAAGAAACCCGCCACGCCCAAGAGGGGCGGCAGCACCCCCAAAUAGCCCCACUCGGGGCUGGGCCCCGUGUGCUGCGGCCACCGUCUCCCGGAGGACAGUGAGUGGGUGUUCCUGGGUCCUGUCUGUCCCCAGCCGUUUCUGGGUGGGGCUGGAGCCUCCACCCUCUGAGUCCAGUCCUGCUGUGGGGGCUGAGCUGGGAGGUUCAGGGACUCAGGGCUCAGCUCAGUCCCCUUGUCUGUCCUUCCCCACUUCUUGAAUAAAAUAAUUUAAAGAGAA